AUGUUCGUGUUCCCGUUGUAUCUCUCCUACAGCUAUCUACUGAUCUGCUACGCCGGCGUUCACUUAGCAUCUGCCGCCGUCGGCAAGAACAUCUUCCUCUUAUCCGGUCAGAGCAACAUGUCUGGUCGAGGUGGGGUCGUGAAUUCCACAUGGGACGGCUACAUCCCACCUGAAUCUUCACCUAACCCCGCCAUCCUCCGUCUCACCGCUAACCUCACAUGGGUACCAGCGGCGGAGCCUCUCCACCGAGACAUUGACAUUGCAAAAGUAUGCGGUGUUGGUCCUGGAAUGGCAUUCGCGAAUUACUUGUUGAGAAAGAAUCCGAGCAUUGGAGUGGUGGGGCUGGUUCCUUGUGCGAUUGGAGGGACGAAUAUCAGCGAAUGGGUUCGUGGUGGGUAUCUUUACAAGCAGAUGAUGAGGCGGGCGGCGGCGGCGGUUGCCGGAGGAGGCACCAUCCGUGGGUUGCUGUGGUAUCAAGGGGAAAGUGAUACGCUCACUCUUGAAGAUGCCGAAGCGUACAAGAACAGAUUGCGUCGUUUUUUCUUUGAUGUGCGUGAGGAUCUUCAUUUACCUGUUCUUCCCAUAGUUCAGGUAGCACUGGCAUCUGAAUCUGGACCAUACACAAAUGUGGUGAGAGAGGCCCAAUUAGAAAUGAAGCUUGCGAAUCUAAAGACUGUUGAUGCAAUGGGUUUAAGCUUGCAACAACCAGAAAAUUUGCAUCUUACCACACCAUCUCAAGUAUCUCUUGGAAAGAUGUUAACUAAAGCCUUCCUCCAAGUUUGUCAUUACUACCACUUGUAA